AAAGGUUUAAAUCCUAAAAUGUCGGACAUAGGGGGGUCUAAACGUCGGACUAAGAUUGUAGAGAGAAAGAGAUCUGAGGUUAGGAUUAAAAAUGAGGAUGAUCAGAAAUUUCGGCCAAUGAGCUCUAGAACAGCCAGGCCCAGAUCUAAGUCUCCGUACUUGGAUCGAGAUGAUGAAAGACGAUCAUUAUCUCCAUCAAUGGAAAGGAAACGAGUUUUCGAUCGGAGAUCUCGAUCCAAAGAUCGUAGUAGUGAACUGAGGAAACGAAGAAGAUCACGUUCAAAUGAUCGUCAAAUAUCUCGAAAUAGUUCAGAGGAGCGAAUAAUAGAAAUGGACCCAGACGAAAGAGAGAAUGGUCGUGUUGUUUUAGCCACCAGAGAGAGAUCCAUCUCUCCAUAUACACUUGCUAUGGAUAAAUGGUCAAAUUUCAAGACUAUGGAGGGUAAGUUGAUGGAAUAUGCGCAGGAAAGGUUGGCUAAAUACGACGCUUCACCAGAGGAACAUCCACAGUACGCGGAGGAGUGGAAAAACUUCUGGACACUUCGCUACACAGAAGUCAAG